GUAUAUCACGAUCUUGUAUUCAAUAUACACACAAGAUUAAAAUAAUUUAUCACUUGUUAUGCAAUGAUUCAAUUUUGAGUUCAAGGAAUCUAAACCAAUGAACAUCGCACAGGUCAAGCUGUCAUGAUAUACGACCAGUAUAUAAGUCCAUUUAAGAGGAGGAAGCUCUCAUUUUCUACUAGGCGUUAUCCACGUAACAUCAUGUGGUUGUAUAUGACUUUUCUCCUAAUCAUUGGAACGACGACAGCUGAGCACAACAAUGCUUGGGAAACAGGAAAUGAAUAUCACUUUCUUAUUCAAAGUCGAACACUGACGGCCUUACACAAGCUAUCGGAUCAAGUUUCUGGGAUUUUGAUAAAGGGUGAUAUCACCAUUCAAGUAAAAUCGACAGACACACUACACGCUGUGGUUUCUAACACGCAGUAUGCUCCCGUGCACAAAGUAUUGCCGGGAGAUUUGGAUUCUGAAAUCACCGACCUUGAGUAUCGAGAGCUUUCCCUCUCGGGAAAGCCCUUCGAGAUCAAGCUUCAGAAUGGAUUGAUUCAAGAUGUAUUGAUCGAUCAAGACGUAUCUACUUGGGAGGUGAAUUUGUUGAAGAGUUUCCUCAGUCAACUGCAGAUUGACACGCAAGGCGAGAAUGUGAUAGCAAGCAGAGACACGCAAAUGCUUGACGACAGUCGGCUCCACGAUGUAUUUGAAGUCAUGGAAGACUCUGUCGGUGGCAAAUGUGAGGUUCGUUAUAUUAUUUCGCCACUGUCUGAAAAAGAUCUCUCCGAGAACCCAGAAUAUGUACCUUUGCCAAAUCUCCGCAAGGAUGGUCAUCAUAUCGAGGUCAUAAAGAUGAAGGAUUACAAUAGAUGCGAGCAGAGAAUGGCGUAUCAUUCUGGUAUCGUUGGUAGGAUGGCAUGGGAACCAAGACCCAACGAUGAUCUUUUCUGGAGAUUAUCUUCGAGUCACAUUAUCAUCUCGGGCAACCUAAAACGUUUUACUAUUCAAUCGUCCGUGACGUCACACGAGAUAUUCGUCAGAUCUAAAAUAGAACGUACAUACUCUGGCGCUGUCUAUAGUAGGGUGAACUUAACUUUGGACAGAAUGAGCACUGUCUCCAAUCUCAUGCCUGUGUCCAACAAUCUCAUGUCAACCGGAAACUUAGUAUACAUUUACAACAGUCCAUUCUCUGAUCAGCACACACCGCGUCGUCCGAGUGAAAUUCGAAACUUUUUGGCAGCUCGGACGUCCGAGAAACACAUUUCUAAAAGGUCUAGCGAGAGCCACGGCGACGAUGACGAUAGGAGUAACUUAAACAGCGAAGAACGCGAUUACUUUCAACCUAAACCAAAAUUAGAAGACGCUCCGGAGAUUCCGCUAUUACCUUAUUUUGUGGGCUACAACGGCAGCAGCAUUCUAAAAUCUGAAAAAAAUUUUACUGCAAUAACGUGCAAUUUAAUCACUUGGAUAAUACAAAAAAUCGAAACCUACGGUAGUUACGCGUGGGAGCCGCCACUUCUAGAUAUGGACCUUUUAGAGAAAUAUAUGAUUCUCAUUAGACUGAUGCGUACCAUGAAUGUUGCGCAAAUAACUGAGAUAGAGGAAACGCUGGCCGAAUUGAUAGCCCGUGACUCAUCUCGCGGUGAAGAAAAGAAAAUUCUUCAACACACUGUAUGGGAUGUCUUACGCAACGCCAUUGCACACGUCGGAACUGGACCCGCUCUUAUCACCGUGAAAAAUUGGAUAAAAGACAAAAAAGUUGAGGGCAAGCAAGCGGCAGGUAUUAUUUCUCAAAUUCCCAAAGCAGCACUCACGCCUACACCAGAAUAUAUCAGAGAGUUUUUCGAAUUGAUUACGGACGAACAAGUAAGGAAACAGAAAAUUUUGAACACGACUGCACCUGUGGCAUUUGCCGAAUUGGUCCAUAACACCCACAACAACAUGUCAUCCCGCUACUAUCCGGUCUACAGUUUCGGUCGUAUGGUCCCCAAAAAUGACAGUGCGCUCCUUGAAAUUUAUAUUCCUUACAUGGCCACUCAAUUGAGAGAAGCUAUCGAGGAAGGCCACAAUCCUCGCAUUCAAACGUAUAUUAUGGCAUUGGGUGGAUUUGGUCACCCGAAAAUACUCUCCAUUUUCGAACCAUAUCUGGAGGGCACCUUGCCAAUAUCGAAGUUCCAACGUUUGAUGAUGGUCAUCUCGUUAAACAAGUUGGGCGAAAACUUUCCGCGUCUCGCCAGAUCUGUCGCCAACAAGAUCUAUAUAAACACGAUGGAAGCCUAUGAAUUACGUUGCGCAGCUGUCUAUGUCAUAAUGAAAACCAAUCCACCUUUGAGCCUAUUGCAACGAAUGGCAGAAUUUACUCAUCAGGAUCAAGACAAACAAGUGAAUUCUGCUGUCACGACUAGCAUAGAGGGCCUCGCUAAUUCGAAGGAACCGGAGUUCAAAGAACUCGCUGACAAGGCGCGUAUCGCUAGGAAGCUGUUAAAACCUUCCACUUAUACCAAAGAUUACUCACACAGCAUCCUUCAGGAGAUAACUAUUGCCUCCUUAAACAUUGCGCAAAGAUCUUUUCUUGAAACGAUUGCUAGCGAUGACAGUACAAUGUUUAAAGGUUUGCAUUUGAAUAGUCAACAAUCUUACGGUAACUUUAAGUUUCCUUCCGGGAAAGCAACAUUUGCAAUAUCGAACACCAGAGGAUUCCUAGAUAUGUGGUACCAGAUGCCCUGGAUGAAGCGAGAUAAUAUCGAAAAGAAAUUGAUUAUUGAAGACACUAUCGAAAAGCUCGGCAUUAAAUCCGAGGACCCGGAACAGAUCGAAUGGAGUGUCUUCGAAGAUUCAGUAUUUGCAACAAAAUUCUAUGCCUUUGACAAUCAUACGUUUGACGAUAUCGCCAAUAUGUUUACAAGGUACGUUGAAUCGUUAAAGUCAUCUCGAGAGUUUGAAACCGGGCGUCUGAAUUAUCUAUACUGCUAUGACACGACGCUGGGAUUCCCAACUGAAAGCGGCCUGCCGUUUAGUUCUACAUUAGCGGCAUCGCAAUUCAUAAGAAUUGCCAGUGCAGAAUCUCACAAAAAUGGAAUCUCACCAACUAUGAACUAUACGGACUCAACAGUGAUGGGCCAUAUAGUAUAUACCGAAAAGAUCGAAAGCAGAGUUGGUUUCGUCGCGCCUUUCGAGCACAGACAUUAUAUUGCUGGUAUCGAUAUAAACACAGAGUUCUUUGUACCCGCUGGUUUACGUUACAUAUCAGAAGGAAAGAAAAUUGUCCCAAACGUACUUCCCAAAUAUUAUCAAUACGUCCGCAACGGGCCUUCGGCGGUUUAUCACUCCGUCGUCCCAUAUACCGCAAGACACGACAUUCUUUCUUUUAGCACUAAUCCCAGUAGCGACACACGCGUGGUGAACACGAAGGAACCACAUACAGUAGAAUUUUCGCUAGACACUUUGAUGUCCAUACAAUGUUCUGUAAAAAGUGAUCAUAUUGACGAGGAAACCUCGAAGAAAACUGGACUUGAAGCUGCUGCAGAGAUUAUUAACGUGUUUCGUAAAGGUGGCCCCUAUUACAGAAAAUUCCUCGCAUUGUUCGAUCUCCACACUUUAGAAGUGAAUAUAACUUCCGACACUUUCCGACAGCCGUACAGAAUGUUCGACACAAUGUACGACAUCGACGCCAGUUCGGAGGCAACAAUUCCUGCAAUAAUGAACAAACAGCCGGAAAGCGAGGCGAGAAGAGAACAAUUCCUAAGGGAAGUCAACAAAGAUGUCGAUGCUGCCGUCAGUUACGUCUAUGACAUAAGUAUUCUUACGAGUGAGCGUAUUAAUUACGUUUUCACCCUCGCUUUGGCAAACAACCGCGCGAAUAAUAAAUUUCAGACCCUUUUAUAUUGGAAUGCACAAGAUCCACGGAGCGGAGAAGUCUCCCAGGAGUUUUGUGCUAUUGGAAACACAAAGUCAUCACAGAUAACACCUCUAAGUUUUAACAAAGCUAUUGAGAAGAUUCCGAAGAACGAAUUCAAAAUUGAGGUGCGAUUUGGAAACUGUACGAACGGAGAAACAAUCGGACUGAAAGGAAAUUUGACUCGAUCUAAUGAUUUCAAGGAGAGGGCAAUGAAAUCUGAGAUAGUCAAGAAAUGUCAGGAAGAGAUAAAACAAGGCAAUGUUUGGCUGCCAAUUUGUCGAGAUGCCAGUGAGUCAAUUAGACAGAAAGAUCAUCUGACAAUGUCAAUAGACUCAAAGCGUCUCUCUGUUCUUGCCAGCACUUAUAUCCUUAACGCCAGGAAAAAGGACCAAGAUUUAGAGGAUUUCCCAAACACGGAACUUACUGACGAAAAUACUGUCGAUGUGGACAUGAAAGCACUGUCCGAUAAUAAUUCGAUAAUUUCUUUGCGCGCUAUGGGCUUUACGUUCUCUGUGCCAGACAUUUCUGACCAAAAACUGAAUACUAUAAAAAUAUUGAAUAAACUUUUCAAGGAAGACUCAGAAGGAUCUACGUGCGUUCUCGACAAAACUCAAGUUGUUACUUUUGACGAGAAGGUCUAUCCUGUGAAAUUAGGGGACUGUUGGCACGUGUUAAUGACCACUUACCCAAAACGGGAUCCCAAUAAUCCCGAAGAAACUUUAAGCAUCCCGAAAUAUAUGAGUACGAUUGUCAUGGCACGAGAAAUGGAUGAUGGCAGUAAACAGAUUCAAGUAAUCUUCGGUGAUGACAAAAUUCAUCUGUAUAAAUCGGGCAAUAGUUUUGGAGCAGCAAUUGGCGACCAAAUAAUUAGUUUCGCAAGUAGUAACUCUUCAGGAUUUAAGAGUUUUCGAGAAAAUAACAUCGAAAUCUAUCGGCUAGACGAUACGAUCACAAUUUUCUCACUUGAAUAUGGAAUACGCGCUGUAUAUGACGGAGAACGUAUCCUACUUCGUGCAACGCACCAAUAUCUCAGUGCCGUACGCGGUCUCUGCGGCAAUUACGACAUGCGAUCGGGCAACGAUUUCAUCGUCCCUAAGAAUUGCAUCCUGACAAAGCCUGAAGAAUUUGCUGCCACAUAUGCCCUGACUCAGGAAUACUGCCAAGGUCCCGCUUUGGAGAACAAACAAAAAGCCGAACAAUCCACGUGUACUCCGAGAUCGUAUCAACCGAGCGAUGUCAUCAGUGACAUAGAAGCGGGAAGAUCUGCGACGAGGAAUAGAAGAUGGGGCUAUCAUUAAGAUAACCAAUAUAUUUCAAUUCAAUUCAGGUACAGAAACAAACAAAGUGUGAACCAAGGAAGCUAUCUUUAAAUCGGAUACUUUCAAUGUUGUUAUAUUAAUUUAUUUUAUAUGAAUGUAGUUUUUAUAAAUAUUUUCUAUUUGUAAUCAUAUGCAUA